AUGGCGAAAGACGUGCAUCGUGUUACUGAUUUUAAUGACUCGCGCGUUUUGAAGACAUUGAAUGACUCCAAGUUCGCCUCAUUUUCGAAAGAAGACGCAGCCCGGGCAGCCACACCGGAUCUGGAAAUCCGACGAAAAGCAUUUCCAAUUCGGACAGGUUUAGCUGCCGCAUGUCUUUUUCUACUUGGGUCUAUCCUCAUAUACGUGAGCACUCUCAUCGGUCUGGACGAGGAAAAGCGUGGAUUAUCUUUUCUAAUUCUUGGACUUAUUGCUUUUAUUCCAGGUAGUUAUGCAACCUAUCAACUUUAUGGCGCGUGGAAGGGCUGGAAAGGCUAUCAUUAUGACCAGAUUCCGUCUUACGAUGACUAA